CAAAAAAAAAAAUACUUUUAGACCGGCCGGGACAUUUAGCCGACGCGUCCACUCUUAGCGCGUCCUCGUCUGUGUGUUAGGUUACGUUUUGGCGCUACGGGAAUUCACCAGCAGAGAGAGAGAUGAUGACGAUGAUGCCUCCGCAGCCGCAAGGCUACCACCAUCCACAGACCCUGGAAGAAGUGCGAACCCUCUGGAUUGGAGAUUUGCAGUACUGGGUCGACGAAAAUUACCUCUCUUCCUGCUUCUCCCAAACCGGCGAGCUCGUUUCUGUCAAGGUAAUACGUAACAAGAUCACAGGCCAGCCAGAAGGUUACGGUUUCAUUGAGUUUAUAUCUCACGCUGCAGCAGAGAGAACCCUUCAGACCUACAACGGCACACCCAUGCCCGGAACUGAAAUUAACUUCCGUUUGAACUGGGCUUCUUUUGGUUCAGGCCAGAAAGUAGAUCCUGGAACCGACCAUUCCAUCUUUGUCGGAGAUUUAGCGCCUGAUGUUACUGAUUAUCUCCUUCAAGAGACGUUCCGUGUUCACUAUUCCUCCGUUAGAGGUGCCAAGGUUGUUACUGAUCCGAGCACUGGACGAUCUAAAGGCUAUGGGUUUGUGAAAUUUGCUGAGGAAAGUGAAAGGAACCGUGCGAUGGCUGAGAUGAAUGGGCUGUAUUGCUCAACGAGGCCUAUGCGUAUUAGUGCAGCAACGCCUAAGAAAACCGUUGGCUUGCAGCAACCGUAUGCUGCCAAAGCUGCUUACCCGGUUCCAGCCCCGGCUGCAGUUGCUGAACCAGUUCCAGCAUAUGUUGCGCAACCAGCACAGGUCAUUGCACCUGAAAAUGACAUCACCUGUACAACGGUUUCAGUUGCGGAUUUAGACCCAAAUGUUACAGAGGAAGAGCUGAAGAACGCAUUUUCGCCACUAGGAGAGGUUAUUUAUGUCAACAUACCUGAAACAAAGGGAUACGGUUUUGUUCAAUUCAAAACCAGGACGUCAGCAGAAGAAGCCAUGCAGAAAAUGCAGGGACAUGUGAUUGGUCAACAAGCAGUACGCAUCUCGUGGAGCAAAAAUCCAGGACAGGAUGGUUACGUCACACAAGCUGAUCCGAAUCAGUGGGGUGGGUAUUACGGUUAUGGGCAAGGCUAUGAUGCAUAUGCUUAUGGGACAGCUCAAGACCCAUCCGUGUACGCGUAUGGUGGAUAUGGCUAUCCCCAGUAUCCGCAACAGGGAGACGGUACACAAGAAGUUACAAACUCUGCGGCAGAGCAAGACUUGUAUGACCCUAUGGCCACUCCUGAUGUAGACAAGUUAAAUGCUGGUUACUUUUCGGUUCAUGCAAGUGCCAUACUAGGACGUUUAUCGUGGCAUCGUACCUCACCCCUCGCAUCAUAAUUGUCCAAAUGAUCACGAAGAGAAGAAUAGAGAAUGGUGGACUCUUUGAGAUGUUUAUUGUAUCCAUUGUACAAGUCACUGCUCUUUGUUUGAUUGUUUUGCCUGUACCGGAUCUUUUUUUUCUGUAAUCUGCAAUCAGGAUCUAGUAUCAUGAAAUGUACCAACUUUCUGGAACCUAUAAUGUUCUUACCUUUCUCUA